CCUUUAUAAAUCCAAAAAAGAAAAGAGAAACAAUAGUUCUUUGCAAAACAUUUACAAGCCAUUGGUGCAGUUUCACGGGAAAACCUCUGGGCGUCGCUGUAGGUCAAAAGAAGAGAAAAGAUAUCAGCGACGCGUUUGGGAGCCUCUUAGAGAGUAACUUCCUGCUCAAACCAACUACACAGAGGAGGCCAGUGCAGUUUCGGAUACAAAAAACAAAAGCAAGAAAAGGGACCCUACCCCGGAUUUUGCCAUCCACCGAGGGCUUAUUCCUCCUCCCGGCCAAAGAGCCAUCAGUGGAGGGAGACACAGGAUGAGGCUGAGCGCAGAGAGGAGCAGCCCGGCGCGGUGGCGGCAGGUAUUGUUGCCCUUCCUACUGUCUUUGUUCCGCGGGGCUCUCCCAGACCAAAUCCGCUAUUCAAUUCCUGAGGAGCUGGCCAAGAACUCGGUGGUAGGAAACCUCGCCAAGGAUCUGGGGCUCGGUGUCCGGGACUUGCCAGCACGGAAGCUACGGGUUAGCGCGGAGAAGGAAUAUUUCACUGUAAACCCUGAGAGCGGGGACUUACUUGUGAGUGACAGAAUAGACCGAGAGCAGAUUUGCGGGAAGAAGCCUCUGUGUAUUCUGGGUUUCGAUACUGUCGCUGAAAACCCACUAAAUAUUUUCCAUGUAGCAGUAAUAGUGCAGGAUAUAAAUGACAACACUCCACUAUUCAAACAGAGAAAAAUUGAUUUAAAAAUUGGAGAAUCCACUAAGCCAGGUAAAACAUUUCCAGUAGACCCGGCCCUGGAUUCCGAUGUUGGUCCUAAUUCACUGCAAAGAUACCACCUUAAUGACAAUGAGUACUUUGAUCUCUCAGAGAAACAGACUCCAGAUGGAGGUAAAUAUCCUGAGUUGCUUCUGAAACAUUCUCUGGACAGAGAAGAGCAGAAUUUCCAUCAGUUAGUCCUCACAGCUGUGGACGGUGGGGACCCACCGCAAAGCGGCACCACCCAGAUCCAAAUCCAAGUCACCGACGCCAACGAUAACCCCCCGGUGUUCAGCCAGGACGUGUACAGGGUCAGCCUGCAGGAGGGCGUGCCCCCAGGCUUCUCCGUGCUUCGAGUGACGGCCACCGACCAGGACGAGGGUGUCAACGCGGAGAUCACCUACUCCUUUCAUAAUGUGGACGAACAAGUGGAACAAUUUUUUAACUUAGAUAAAAAAACUGGAGAAAUCACGACAAAGGAUGGUUUUGAUUUCGAAAUUGCUAAUAGUUAUACUCUCGGUAUAGAAGCAAAAGAUCCUGGCGAUCUAGCAGCCCAUUGCAGUAUCCAAGUCGAAAUUCUCGAUGAGAAUGAUUGUGCACCUGAAGUGAUUGUGACUUCAGUAUUUACUCCCCUACCAGAGAAUUCACCACCAGGAACAGUGAUCGCCUUGAUAAAAACAAGAGACAGAGACUCUGGAGAAAAGGGAGAAGUUUACUGCCGCAUCUUGGGAAAGGCCGAGUUCAUACUGAAAUCUUACUCGAAGAACUAUUACAAGCUAGUGACAGAUGGGGCCCUGGACCGGGAGGAGAUCCCGGAAUACAACGUCACUAUAAUGGCCACCGACAGAGGUAGGCCGCCCCUCUCCUCUAGUAUAAGCGUCACUCUGCACAUCGCAGAUGUCAACGACAACGCCCCGGUUUUCCAUCAGGCCUCCUACGUGGUCCAUGUGGCGGAGAACAACCCUGCCGGCGCCUCCAUCGCUCAAGUCAGCGCCUCCGACCCCGACCUGGGACCCAACGGCCGCGUCUCCUACUCCAUCGUGGCCAGCGACCUGGAGCCGCGGGCGCUGUCGUCCUACGUGUCGGUGAGCGCGCAGAGCCCUGGCUACCUGGUCACCAAGGUGGUGGCGGUGGACGCCGACUCGGGACACAACGCCUGGCUGUCCUACCACGUGCUGCAGGCCAGCGAGGCCGGGCUCUUCAGCCUGGGGCUGCGCACGGGCGAGGUGCGCACGGCGCGUGCUUUGGGCGACAGGGACUCGGCGAGACAGCGCCUGCUGGUCGCUGUGCGUGACGGGGGACAGCCGCCUCUUUCGGCCACCGCCACGCUGCACCUGGUUUUCGCUGAUAGUCUACAAGAGGUCCUGCCUGACCUCAGUGACCGCCCCGCGCCCUCUGACCCUCAGGCUGAGCUGCAGUUUUACCUGGUGGUGGCCUUGGCCUUGAUCUCUGUGCUCUUCUUCCUGGCGGUGAUGCUGGCCAUCGCCCUGCGCCUGCGACGCUCAUCUAGCCCCGCUGCCUGGGGCUGCUUUCAGCCUGGUCUGAGUUCCAAGUCUGGACCAGGGGUUCCCCCCAAUCACACUGGCAAGUAUCUGGACAUGUUUUUCUGCAUGGGUGAUGAACUAAAGCCCUUUCCUGCACAGUCACUGUACUGA